AUCUAUUCUAGAGAAAACAAAAUGAUGCAAAAUCAAAAUGAGGCUAGCGAAAUUGCUGAAUCGCCUGCUUCACUACUAGCACAAAAGUCGUACGACGGGUAUACUGGAAGCUGGAGACAAAAGAGUAGAAAGGAAAAGAAUGCGGGUAUGCAAGAAAAUCAAGUGGAGACAACCCAAAUACCCACACAUCUCUCUUUAUAUCGCCGAAUGCACCUCUACUGCUGUGCUUCUUCGUCGACUUGGAACACACGUCCCGCGUCGAGGUAAUUCGGCGUAUCUCGAUCGGGGGUUUUCCGUUUCAUCAGACCCCCGACCCUUCGGACGUACAGUACUUAUGCACACCCCAGAUAUUCUAGAUGCCGCCAAUCCCGUAUUCGUGAUUUGGCUGACCUGCUAGGAUACCGGUCGUCCCGUACUCUGCUGUGCGGCCAAUGGUUGUAUAUAAGGUUGCGCAGAGGCGAAAUCAAAAUGCAGUGUCUGCACAAUGGACUCUGC